CUUCCGUCCGUCUUCAGUCUUCACUUCAGAAUACGAUUAUACGAAUGGGGAAACAGGAAUGGCGACUUUCUAGCUUCGAGGAGUCGAGGACUUUAGCUUCCUUCCCGUUCCCGUAGGCGGUAGGAUCCGACGACCUGUACUCCGAGUCUUCGACUGGCGAGCGGCGACUGCUGCUGCGACUUCUCCAAUCUCCAACUCCCACGGGCAAACCUGCGACUUCAGCUUUCUUCCGUCACCGCCGCCGAAGCCUUCCGCAUUUGACGAUAAGAAAUUGCCUUUCAAAGUUGGUUGAUAAUGGAGGCAACAGUGAAAAAGUUUCAGCAGAAAUUCAAGAGGGUGAAAGAUGACAUGGAUCGAUGGGACAACCUCCAUGUUCAAUUAGUGUCACAGUUUAGAAAUGCUUCUUCCAUCAUUGGAAGGUUACAGUUGCUUGAAAGUCCCAAAAACUAUGGUUCCCUAAAAAACCUUGAUAACAUUAAAAAUACCAUCUUCACAAAACAGAUGGAAUCCCUUCAGAAGAUAUUGCUUUCAAUGACUAAAACUCUGGAGGAAUUAAAUGGUGUUGUUUUGUCUCUUGCAAAAACUGUUCGUGAUGCUAAACAGCAAGUGAAAGGUGGUUCUGUUCAGCUUUCAAUGAAACAAUUACAUCACAGAAUUGGUGUAAAACCAAGUAUUGCAGAUUGCUUAGAAGGCCUUCGGAUUCUUCAUGAGAUGUAUCAAUCAGAGUACGUGCUUAAAUCAUCCGUGACAUCAGCGCUUGCUAGCCUUGCCUUGAAACCAAGUGUUGGCGAUUUACAAAGUCUCGAGCGACUUUUGGUAGAUCAACCGAAUAUCCUGAAAGAAGAAGUGCAAUCCAUAUAUGACGUCAUAUUUGCUGAAGAAAUUUGUUGAUGAGGGAGAAUGUAAAAUUAAGGGUUUAGGUGUAGCGGUGUAGGACAUUAAAUCUUCUUUGUUUAAUUUUAGUUAAAAUGUUAGGGUUUAUCAAGAAACUAUUUUUUCUACUAAUAUUGUUUAAACAACAAUUUCAAGAAAAAAAAUUGCUGAGUAUGUU